UUCAUUAAGCACUCACUCUAUGCCAAUCACUGCGAUGCUCUUUCAUCAGCUCACUGAGUCCCUGUGGAGCCCCAUGGGGUGACUCCUGUUGUCAACAUUUUACAACUAGGGAAACAAGCCCAGAGAGGGGUAGGGUCUUGAUGUCCUACAGCAAAGGCUGGCAGACCCAGGCUGACGGUGUCCCUCCAACCCCUGGAGCCCCAGUCUUCUGCUACCCAGCCCUCCUUCUAUGGCUCAGAGCAACCUGUGCCUGGGCGGGAGGGGCCACCUCGAUUAAUCACCUCGCUAAUCCUCCCCCCAACCUGCCCAACCCCAACCCCUUCAGGUCUGGCUGGGCCAGGCCAGCAGCAGAUGGCACUGGGCCCACAGGGGCUGUUGGAGGGACUGCUGGGGGCGGUGAGCACAGUCGGGCCUGGGAAGGAGUUGGGGGGCACAGAGAGCCCCCUAGGGCAGAGGACUAGGGGGUAAGGAAGAGCUCCUUAAGGCAAUGUCCCAGUUCCUGCCUUCUUAGGGUUCCUAGACAGAGACAGAGAGAUAAAGGGAGAGAGGAGAAGUCAGAGCUCCAGAGGGAAAGAGAAAUAGAGCUGGGGGUACGGAGACACCAAGAAAAGUCAUCAGAGAAGGAAGUGUAGACAGAAAUUAUCCGAGAUGGACAGAGAGGCUGGGGAGGCAGAAUGAAUGCAGGACCCAGUGGAGGGAGAAGCCCCUCCAAAUCUUACCCCAGACCCCCCGUCCCUGCCCCACCCUCCCCAGCAGCAGUCCCUCCUGAGUCUCACCACCAUCUGCCCUGCUGCUGUCCUGCCAGGUGGAGGGAGCCAUGUUCCUGAGCCCGGGUGAGGGGUCGGCGGCUGAGGGUGGGGGGCCAGGGCCAGGAGAUGAAGCCCCAAAGAAGAAGCACCGGAGGAACCGCACGACAUUUACCACAUACCAGCUGCACCAGCUGGAGCGGGCGUUUGAGGCCUCCCACUAUCCAGACGUUUACAGCCGUGAGGAGCUGGCAGCCAAAGUGCACCUGCCCGAGGUGCGCGUGCAGGUGUGGUUCCAGAACCGCCGGGCCAAGUGGCGCCGCCAGGAACGUCUGGAGUCAGGCUCUGGAGCUGUGGCAGCCCCAAGGCUCCCUGAAGCCCCAGCACUGCCCUUUGCCCGCCCUCCUGCCAUGCCACUGCCCUUGGAACCCUGGCUGGGCCCUGGGCCCCCAGCCGUGCCAGGCCUCCCUCGCCUCCUGGGCCAGGGCACUGGGCUGCAGGGGUCCUUCGGGCCCCAUGCCUUCGGUCCAGCCUUCGCAGAAGGCUUUGCCCUGGAGGAGGCAUCCCUGCGGCUGCUGGCCAAGGAGCACGUGCAGGUUCUGGACAGGGCCUGGCCGUCAGCCUGAGCCUGGUGCCUGUCGGUGGCCACCCAUGCCAGAUCCCUCGCCUCACCAUCACCUCCUUACCCUGCCUUUCAGGGAACUGGCACUGGUUUCAGCAAGGAGGUGGCCAGAGGGUGGUCCCUGGCCUGGUCUCAGGGGUGUCUGUGCCCUCGUGGGGCCUCAGUCUCCCCAUCUGUCAAAUGGGUGUGGGUGGGGUGGAUUCUGAGGCUCUUAGACUGUAAAGCUGCAUUCAGGAGCCACUGGGAUGUUAAUUCUGAGUUGAUCAGUCUAAAUCCCUCUGUCUGCUCCUAAUCUAACAGCAGAGCCUCCCUGGCCCUCAGAGACUCUCUCUGAGAAAUAACAAAUAACAACAGCAGAAGCUCAUGUUCAACCUGUCCCCUUUCACUACAUGCUUUGUAUGUCCACCCUAUGCCCACAGCUUUACCCUGUGAGGUGGGCAUAGCCAUCGGCCUCAUUUUACAGGGGAGGAAACUGGGACCCAGAGAGGCAAAGCUGGUUCUCUGAGGCCACAAAGCCUGUAGGAGGUGGAGCUGUUUUCAAACUCAUUGCCUGACUCCAUCACCCCAGGCACCACACUGGAUCCUGGCCAGACACUAACAGGGUACUCUCAGGUAGAAGCAGCUGACACCAGGCAAAUAUUGUUUGCCCCUGCUCCCCCCACUUACCAGAGUGUGGCUUAUGUCCUCACUGACCACAGCCCCCGUCAUGUCUCCCAGCCCACUGAUGCUGGGUUGGGGCCCUGGUGUUCUAGCCAAUGCAACUAUGUCUCCCCAGGCCUCAUGAAGGUACAGUGGUCACCCUUCCCAGAGCUGGGCUGGACUCCAGGACAUGGAAGCUGUGGUGGGGGGUGGGGGACUGGCCCAGUGCCUACAUGACAGGGAACCACCCUAGGGGAUGGAGCAGCCUGGGACAGAUGGGGGAGGGGGAGAGAGGGCAGCACCCCACUCGCUCCUGGCUCUAACCAGGAAGUGACCACAGGCUCUAGGAAACUCCAGGAAUUUCACCUGAUGCUCACACCCAGAUCACCUGCUCACCUUCAAUCUCAGAUGGCACCUCUGAACCCAAUGGCCCACAUGCUGUUACACUGCAGCAGCCAGACCAGCCACACACCUAAUCAUUGAUUCAUCCAUCCAGUCUAUGACAAAGACACGGCAGUGAACAGAGAAAAACCCCCAUCCUCGUGGAGCUGCCACUCCAGUGGAAGAGACAAGAACCAUGAUUUUUUUUUUUGUCAUUUCUUGGGCUGCUCCCGUGGCA